UUCACUUCUUUGGGAAAAAAAAAAAAAAACUUUCCUUCCUCUUCAGCUGUAUCUCACUCAGCUGUGCUUUUUUACUGGCUGAGAAACUGGAAAUGAAAGCUCUACUUUCCUCCGUCGCAGCACCACUCACUUCCUAGUGACUAACUGUCAAAACGAGACCUAAAGCUCCUGACAGCUCUUCAGGUAGGACUGCUCGCAGACUGCCGGAGACCAGGACCGUUUGUGACUGUUGACGUGACUGGAAGAAAGACUUGCAUGGAGGGCAGACAGGCGGCAUGACAGAGGAGAAAUGUCCCCAGCUGGUGGACUACUUUGUAGUGGCAGGUCUCGACCCUGCAGGGCCCUGGAGGCCCUUGGAUGAGGAUGGCAAGACCUCCUACUCCUCCUCCUCCUCCUCCUCGACGUCCUCCUUGUCUUCGUCGGGCCGGGCAGUGGAGCCGGUGACGGACCUGGCGGUGAUCGCCAAGGGCCUCGGGGAGGAGGUGCCAGAGGGCUUCACCUGCAUCGAGAAGACACUGGGUGGACACUCGGCUGAGCUGAGCGCCGGCCUCAUCAACAACCCGCACUUGUACCUGUGCUACCGCAGAGGACGGGACAAACCACCCAUUCUGGAUCUGGGGGUUCUGUAUGAGGGGAAGGAGCAGCUGAAGCACGGCUGGUACGUCAUCGACACGACGCCCUACAGCCGCUCAGCAAACCUGAGCUCCGGUGGCGCCCCGACGGCUCACCGGGUGUUCCUGAUGUACCGGCGGGCUCUAGACUCACAGGGCCUCCACACGCUGGGCGUCACCGACAUUGCCCUGCUGCUGCCCAGCAAGGGCGAGGUCGCCCCGCACACUUUCUGUCGCGUCGACAAGAACCUCAACACCGGCAUGUGGGGUCCAGCCCUGUACGUGUGCUACAAGAGAGCUGUGGCUAAAGCCAACGCCUUGGUCUACGAAGCCAGUCUGAUCAGCCGGUACCCGGAGGACGACUUGGAGGCAUUUCCUCUGCCGGAGUCGGUGCCGGUCUUCUGUCUGCCGAUGGGCGUCACCGUGGAGAGCUGGCCUCUGAACACAAAGUAUCAGCUGCCCGUCUUCUCCACCUUCGUCCUCACCUCCGCCUGCGGGGACAAGGUGUACGGAGCAGCCAUCCAGUUCUACGAGUCCUUCCCCAGGGAGCUGCUGUCGGAGCGGCAGUGCGUGAGGCUCGGCCUGCUCAGCGUGGUCGACCGGCGGCCGAUCACCAACCGUAGCCUUCAGGUGAAGAAGAGCAUCUGCGUCCUCUCCCACUGGCCCUUCUUCACCGUCUUUCAGAAGUUUCUCACAUUUGUCUACAGAUACUCCAUCUCCGGGCCUCAUGUCCUGCCACUCGAAAAACACAUCUCCAGCUUCAUGCACAACGUCCCGUUUCCUUCCCCCCAGCGGCCUCGCAUCCUGGUUCAGCUCUCUCCAUAUGACAACCUGCUGCUCUGCCAGCCGGUCUCCUCCCCCCUCCCACUCAGUGGUGCAAGCUACCUGAAGCUGCUGCAGAACCUCGGCCCAGAGAAUGCGUGCACGCUGCUGCUCGCCGUCCUCACCGAACACAAGCUGCUGCUGCACUCGCUGCGGCCCGACGUCCUCACCUCCGUCAGCGAGGCCCUCGUCUCGAUGAGCUUCCCCCUGCGCUGGCUCUGUCCCUACAUCCCUCUGUGUCCGCUGCAGAUGGCUGAUGUGCUGCUGGCGCCGAUGCCCUUCAUCGUGGGUGUCCACUCCAGCUACUUCGACCUGUAUGACCCCCCCACAGACGUGGUGUGUGUCGACCUGGACACCAACACCAUCUUUCAGUCAGAGGAUAAGAAGCCGUUGUCAUGGCGAUCGUUACCCAGGAAGCACGGCAAGAUUCUGUUCAACACCCUCACCAACCUCCACAAGACCCUGGAGAAGAUUUGCACGCCAGGCCAGGAGGAGGCGACGCUGGAGUUCCUGCUGACCGACUACGAUCAGAUCUACAGGCGUCAGAAGCAGCUGGAGCUGGAGAUCCAGGAAGUGUUUCUACGCUUCAUGAGCUGCCUGCUGCGAGGAUACCGCACCUUCCUGCUGCCCAUCACACAGGCUCCAUCAGACACCACCACCGACUGCAGCUCCCUGUUCAACCUGCAGGGUUUCCUGAAGUCUCGGGACCGGACGCAGCAGAAAUUUUAUGGCCAGCUGACGAGGACUCAGAUGUUCACACAGUUUAUCGAGGAGUGUUCCUUCGUCAGCGACCGCCACGCCUGCCUCGAGUUCUUCGACGAGUGCGUCCAGAAGGUUGACGUGGAGAAGCCGGAGGAGGUGAGGCUUAUUGAUCUGGAUGAAACUCACAGUGGCGAACACACAGUCUUCAUCAUGCCUCCUGAGGAACCACAGGAACCUGAUGGGUCAGAGUGUCCCGCCCUCUACAGUUACGAGACCUUCCCCACCCUAAAGCCAGACCUCUUCGACCAGCCACAGGACCAGCUCCGUGUCCCAGCUAAAGGCAGCGCCCCCAGCAGCCCCGCCCCCCGACGCACAAAACAGGAGAUCAAGUUGGCCCAGAAGCGAGCUCAGAAAUACUCUGCAGUCCCAGACAUGUGGUCUAAGUGCCUGCUGGGUCACUGUUACGGCCUCUGGUUCAUCUACCUGCCCACCUUCGUUCGGGCAGAGAGUGCCAAGGUCCGCGCCCUGCACACGGCAUACGACGUCCUCAAACACAUGGAGAACCGCAAGGUGGUGCUGCCGGACGAGGUGUGUUACCGGAUCCUGAUGCAGUUGUGCGGUCUGUACGGUCAGCCGGUCCUCGCUGUUCGAGUCCUGCUGGAGAUGAAAAAGGCGGGAAUCACACCAAACACCAUCACCUAUGGCUACUACAACAAGGCAGUGCUGGAGAGCAAGUGGCCGUCCACCAAUCAGGGUGGGCGUCUCCGCUGGGCCAAGCUGAGGAACGUCCUGUUGGCCGUGGCCCAGUUCAGACAGCCAGUCAAAAGGCGUCAGAAGAGCGGCUCUGUGGGGUCACGGGGAGAAGCAAUGGUGGACCCUGAUCAGAGGCUCCGCCCCCAGUCCACUCUGAUUCGUCAGUCCAGUUGGAGCGGUCUGUCUGAAAGCUCCAGUCAUGAGUCGCUGACCGGCCCCCUGUUGAAGAGCAACAGUCUAAACAGCAUGAAAACAACUGACAAGGUCAAACUCUGUAAGAAGACCGUGCUCCACACUACUGGGACCAACGGCUGCGGUGACGCCAUCUCCCAUAAACCUCCCCUGGGACUAAGAGACACCUCCACCCCUCCUCCGGCGCCCCCCGGUGCUGUUCUGGUUCGGCGGAGUCAAGUCUGCCUCUCCAACUUCUACAAAGAGUGUGCCGAGUCGGCCGACUCUGAGCCGGACUGCAGCUGUCAGCCUGCGGAGAGAAAUGGCAGACCUGCGGCAGCACGUGACUCAGCUGGCAGGAACAAGGCUGUAGAUGAGAACUACAACCAUGUAUCUUCCCCGAGCCGAGGAGGUCUGGCAGGGAAACUCCAGCAGCUCCUCACCCCAACCAGACACCGAGUGUCGGUGCGACGAGCCGCCAGCGUGGACGACCGACGGCCAGGUGGAGGAGGGGGAGGAGGGAUUGGACGAAGAGUGUCUGAGCAGAGACAGUCCAGGAAAGCUCAGGUGGCAGAGACACUGCUGAAAGCCAAGGACAGGCUGGUCAGCGCUACCUCAGAGAGUUCGUUGUCUGUAGGAAGUGACCUGGACUUGACAGACACACCCAGUCCAGCGUAUCCUCUGCGCAGGUCCUGGGACGCCAAUCAGGAGGGGGCCGGGCUGGAGGUGUCGAUGUCCAGCUGCUCUCUGUGUCGCAGCUGUAACUCUCUGGUUUAUGAUGAGGAGAUCAUGGCCGGUUGGACGUCAGACGACUCCAACCUGAACUCGUCCUGUCCGUUCUGUUGCGCCUCUUUUGUCCCCUUCCUCAACGCUGAGAUCUGUGACCUCGGACCUGUCAGCAGUGCGGAGCGCAGCAACUGGAACGCAGAGGAUGAAGUGGAGAGUGCGGUGAGGCCCCCCAGUGGUCAGGAGGCCUCCCUGCGACACCAGUGUAACGGUCUGAGCGAGGACUCCAGCUCUGAAACCAGCAGCUACUCAGAGAACAGCAGAACCACCACGGGUUCGUCAGUGGGUGGGGCUCCUCAGGUGACGGUGGCUUACCUUAGUCCUCUGGUUCUGAGGAAGGAGCUGGAGAGUCUGCUGGAGAACGAGGGCGAGGCAGUCCUGGCUCAGCCUCAGUUCCUGGACAGCCACUCCAUCAUCUUCUGGAAUCUGGUCUGGUACUUCCAGCGUCUCGGUCUGCCCAGUAACCUGCUCCAGCUGGUCAGAGCCUCAUCACUGGUCAGCCAGUUCACACAGUCGGAGAGCUCAGCAGUGAGGGUGAGGCUCCUCUGGGACACCCUGACUCCCGACACAGACCAGUGGCCCCCCCUCUACAUCCUCUGGAGGAUCCACAGUGGCAUCCCGAUGAGAGGCUACAGCUGGAGGAGACACAACCACCCAUUCACCCUGUCCUUCCUGGAGGAGGUGCUGCGCUGGGUCGGCAUGAAUGAGGUGCACAAAGCCGUCACGCUCUUCUUGGAUACGCUGGCCAAACAGCCAGGGUCGCCCAGAAUACAGAGGAGUUUGUACAGAGAGUUCCUCUUCCUCACUCUGGCAGCUAUGGGCAAAGACCACGUUGCUGCAUUUGAUAAGAAGUACAAGGCGGCGUACUCUCGGCUCAGCAGCACUCUGGGUCGCGAGGAGCUCCGAAAGAAGCGGCUUCUGCCUCCCAGCCCCAAAGCCAUCGACUGCAGACGAAGCUUCCACCCGCCUCUCGAAUGCUGAUCCACCCGAGGAACAAAACGUUCAGUCCUUUCAUGGGGAAACGGCAAACCCAGGAUCCCUGCUGCCUUCACCUGCUUGUAUUCUUCACCUCUCUGCUUCCUCCUGGUGGACGUCAGGGUGUCACACUCCUUCCUGUCCUCUGCACCUCUGUUUGCCUUGUUGGUGUGAAAUCAGGCGCUCUUUGUCUCCAUUAAAGAUCCUGAAAGUUGAUGCAGCAGCAGACAGGGUGGAACGUGCUCCGCAGCAAUCUAUGCAUCAGUCUGUAACGUGCCGUCGUGCAUCGUCUGAAGGCAAGAAAAUGUUUAGAAAUUCGGGUUUGUGCAUGUCCAGAGGAAUCGGCUGUGUCGGUGUGAACUUAGUUUUUUCCUUGUCGUUAGUACUGGCUGAGAAUCUUCUGACUGAUGGAGGGAAAGUUUUAACUGCAGAGUUACAGGAUGUCAGAUUUACCUGAUCAAGAAAAAGACGUUAUCAUCUCUUUGUCUGUGUGUUUGUCUGGUUGCCAGUAUGAUGACAGUGUGGUUAGGUUUUUAAAAGGGAUUAAGGUCAGGAAGGUCACUCAAACUUCUGAAGAGCAAAGUUUUCAUAUAAAACACUGACUUGUUGGACAGUGUUAAAGUCACGUUGAACUGGAAAGGCUCUGCCUCUCAUUCCUCAAAUCAGGAGAAAACAAACGAACAGGAAACUGUUCAGGAUAAUCCAGAACUGCAGCUCUCGAAAAGAUUCACUUAAAUUCAGUUAGAUAAUACGUUCACCUUCACAGAGCGACAAAGGUCGGUGAGGUCAGAACUGAAAGGACAGUUUCAUCAGUUCCAAGGCUCUGGAUCUCUGUCCGCUGUCUCACAUUUUUCUGUUGCUGUUCUGACUGACAACUGUUUUCCUGAGUCUGAAUAGUUUUAUUCUUAAAGUGAAUGAACAAAUACACAUUUAACGCCGUGAACAUGAAGACCUGAGUCAUGUUUAUUCCCCUAAACACUGAUUUUUGUUGUGUCAUCAUGUCAAACCAGGCGCUCAGCAGAGAGCCACUUGUUUCUGUCUGUCUGUCUGUCUGUCUGUCUCUCUGUCUGUCUCUGUCUGUCUGUCUGACCGACCAGGAGACAUCCAGUGUGUCAGCUGACCCGUGCAGCCCAACAGGAGCUCCACUAACCAUUUGCUCCAGGGCACAUCGGCAGCAGCUGGUAUCACAGUUGAGGCUGCUGGGAUGUGAACUCGCACGUUUACAUCUGCAUUUUAUUUAUUUCUGAAUUCACUUUUUCAUGUGGAGUUUGGUGAAGUGACACAUGCAGUUAUAGGCUGUUGACUCUUGGCGACCUCUGAACUCUGAAGUCGUAUCAUAACUAACAAUAUGGAGGGAAUAAUUUCAUCCUUUUAGUGACAAUAUCUACAUUGUGUCACACAACAAAAUGACAAUAUUAAUGUUUCUGAAACUGAUGAGCUGAUAGACCAGCAAAGAAAAAGGCUGAACAUCUGUGUCUGACAGGUGUGGUAACAGAAACCUGAUGACAGUCGAAAGACAAAAUCUUUUUUUAAAGCUUCAAUGUCAAAAUAAAUGUGUAGAAAUCAAUAAAGAAAAUAAUAAAAUAAAUAGAAAUAAAAACACAAAAGCAAUAACAGUUUACAUGAGUAAUAAUUCUGUGUGGUUCUUCACAUGACUCGAAGAACUACAGAAUUACAGAAUUUACAUUGUUUAAAAUAAAAAUAAUGUGUUAAAGAUGAUGAAAAAUAGUGUCGUAGUUGUGCUAAGACAGAAUUUGAAUCAAAUUUUUGGUUUUUGACAGUGACGACUGGAGUGUUAACUCUGUUUAAUCAUCAUUUACUGAUGGCAUUCAGCUCGGACUCAGACUGAUCUCAGAACUCACCAGAGACUCCGGUUCCUUCUGGUAUUUUCCACAGUUUAUUUUCUAUUUUUUGCUCUAGUCCCUGUCCACAUGGACACGUCGUCACCUCAAAUCGAACUCUAAAUUAAUUUGCAUUUGAUUUUGGAUAUUUGCAUUUUUCCAUUUAUUUUGUCUGAAAUUUGCUUUGAGUUCUGUCUCAACACAAUGUGCUGACCACAGCCACAGUACAUUUUACAUCAGUGAAACAUUCAGCCACCAGAGAGUCAGAUGAGGAUUAUUAUCAGUUCAUCUGAGGGAACUGCACAGAUGAGAGAAAUCAUCCUAAUAUUGAUCGACAUCACCUCUGCAAUUGAUCAGUUAAAAUUUACUCCUGAUUUGAACAGAUUUUAUUCUGUAUAUCACAUGGUUCAGUGAUUUAAACCGUAAUAAGAUUAUGAUCUGUGUGCAAACUGAAUUGUCGCAGGUUCGAUCCCUGCUGCAGUAGAAGUGCCCUGGAGCAAAAACAAAAGAAAUAAAAUCUACCUGCAAACUCAUUUUACAUGAAAAUAUGGAUGUUUCCAGUUUUAUUUCAAGGUGAGAGUUUCAGUCUGCUGAGGAGGGAAGAAGAGCUGCAGAUCAAACAGACUAAUGAAGCCGUCUUUUCCCCUCAGCAUCACAGAGAGGAAACAUCACACUGUAUAUUUUAAUGCACCAGACUGCAGUUUGUUCAGAGCUCAGUUUACGGGAGUUUGACCUCACUUUGUUGUUUUAUUAGUUGAGUGGUUACAGUCAGCGCAGAGCGGAGGAGUGUAUUUAAUAUAGAUGAUUGUGUUUGCUGUUGUAAUUUAUAUAUGGCUGUAAUUUCAGUUGUAAAUGUUUUUUUGUUUUUUUUAAGAAAACACAAAAAUAAAAGACUGAGUCUGAAA